UUUCCUGGAGCUAUCCUCAUGCUACUUGGUUAUCUUGAUCUUCACUUUGAUGCCUUGUCUUUAUGAAGUUUAUGACAACUAGCUGCUUUGGAAUCUUUUGAGAAACCACACUGAUGAAAUGUUGAUAAAUUGAUGUAAGCUUCAACUGAAUGGCAGCUGAAGACGUCAAUGUUACCUUUGAAGAUCAACAGAAAAUCAACAAGUUUGCAAGAAACACCAGUAGAAUUACAGAAUUGAAAGAAGAAAUAGAGGAUAAAAAGAAACAGCUUCAGAACUUGCAAGAUGCAUGUGAUGACAUCAUGAUGCUUGAUGACGACUCACUAUUCAUACCUUAUCAAAUUGGAGACGUCUUCAUUAACCACCCCCAAGAUGAGACGCAAGAGAUGUUGGAGGAAGCAAAACAAAACUUGCAGGAAGAAAUUGGAGCUUUGGAGUCUCGAGUAGAAUCAAUCCAGAGAGUAUUAUCAGACCUUAAAGUCCAGCUUUAUGCAAAGUUUGGCAACAAUAUAAAUCUUGAGGCAGAUGACAAUUAAAUACCAUAGAAAUAGCAUUUUGGUUUUCUCCCUUCUUAACUCUAAUGUAUUUUUUAUAUAUUCAUUUGUCUGUUUCAUGUAUUUAACAAAAUAAUUAUUUUGCACACUUGUGAUUAUAUGUUUUAAGUAAGUAGAUCCACGUUCAUUUGGUGCAUAAUCAAAUGGGGAGUGUAUAAAGGCUUGUAGAAAUAGUAAAAAUCAAACAAACA